AUGGAGACGAUCGACCUCGCAAAGGACCCAACACACCUGGGCACGCUCGAGUGCCGUCUUUGUUUGACGCUGCACAAGGACGAGGGCUCAUACCUUGCCCACACGCAGGGACGGAAGCAUCAGACGAACCUGGCCCGCCGCGCCGCGCGCGACCAGCACGAGGCUGUGCUCGCCGCCCCGGCGAAGCAGAUCACGAACGAGGUUAAGAAGAAGGUCUUCGUGAAGAUCGGACGGCCCGGUUACAAGAUCGUCAAGAUCCGGGAACCCGUCAGCCAGCGCCUCGGCCUGCUCUUCACCGUCUCGCUGCCCGAGAUUAAGCCUGGAAUCCGGCCACGCCGCCGGUUCAUGAGCGCGUUCGAGCAGAAGCGCGAGGUGCCCAACCGCGCCGUCCAGUAUCUUGUCAUCGCCGCCGAGCCGUACGAGACGAUCGCAUUCGCGAUUCCGGCCAAGGACAUGGUCGAUGAGGAGGAGGAUCCGGACAGCGUGUGGGAGCACUGGGACGCCGACGACAAGGUCUACAGCUGCCAGCUCCUGUUCAAGUGA